AUGCCCCUAACCGUCGACAUUGCCGAGUUCAACUGCGGCCCGCAGAACGACGAAUCCUUCCGUCGGCUGGCCUUCUCCUUCCACCAAAGCCUCCUGAAUUUGGCCUCGACCCUGGUCGUCCUCGAGUUCAACAUGUUCGACGGAGUCCGUCACUACUCGAGCCAGAACUUGGGCAUCUCGUUUGAACGCCUCCACGAGAACCGACAGCUCUACAAUUCCCCGCAAAACCGCUCCACAAUCCGAGACCCCCGAUACAUGGUGGUGGAACUGAAAAUGUUCAUCGGAGUCGUACUGAACGCACUGCGAAGAGGCUCCGAACGACAUGUACUUUGGCUGAAAUUCAUUGUGAAUUGUUUGCCUUAUCUGGACAGGUGAGAAAUGUGGAGGCUUUGGGGGAAAUAAGAUUUUUUAAUUUUUUUUCGAUUUUUUUGGAAAAAAGUUUAUUUUUGGGCCGUUUUUGAGAAAAUUGCCGCAGGGCCUGGGUUUGUGAGGGCUCUGUUAAGAUUCUGUAAUCAAAUGGAGACUAGCUUAAAGAUAAAAAUGUGAUUUUUCGAAUUUUUUUGGCGAUUUUUGAGGAAAAAAGUUGGUUUCGAGGGAUUUUUCGAAAAAUUGCCUCAGGGCAUGAGUUUUAAAACUCCCUAAAUGGCUUAUAGAACCAUUUUGCUUACUUUUUGGCCAAUUUUUAUUGAUUUUGCCUAAUUUUGACCGACGUGUCGAUAUGGUUCAGAGGUAGUGGGUUAGACUAACACUCAAAAGGUCCUGAGUUCGAAUCCACCUAGAAGAAAAAUUGGUUUUUAUGCUCUUUUGGACAGUUUUUGACCGCUUUUGCUUUCAGAACCCUCCCAACCUUUUGUGUGCAUGUGGUGGACCAGCUUUGCCGCAACAUUUACACCUGUGUUUCAUCGAAUUUUGCGGGUUUGGCCCCGAUUUCCAUGUCCAAUUCGACGGAAGGCAGCUUCGAAGCCCUGGUCAGCGAGCCCACAACCCCAAUAACGGCGUUUGAGGACUUCCGAUUCCCGAAAACGGACAUGUUCGCCGCAAUCGGCAACUUCCAGUCCCACAAUUACCCGGCCGGAUAUUGCGUUGGACUGCUGAAAACCCUCACUUCGAUAUUGCACUACGGAGUGAUUGACUCAAGUCCCGCUUCAACACCGUUCUUACUACUCAGGGCGAGCUUCGGAAACUGCGCAACGUCUUCCUACUUCGCCUCGACGGCGUACGGACGGGAUAGCGCGGUUUCGGUCAGCUCUUCCUCGACGAACAACAUGAGCAGCAUGGUCGGAAGUGCAAUCUCGGCCAUCCCCGGCAUCAAUUUCCUCGGAAAAGUGUUCACGAGCAACGACAGUGGCAGUGUAAGUUGAUUUUUUAAAGAAUCUUGAAGGUUGGAGACGUUUGGGCAGAAUGCCAAAAGUCGGGGUGGUACCCGGAGAAUGUGUAAUAGAAUGAAAUUUGUGGGUUUGAAAUGGUGUGGAAAAGUACUGAAAGGCUUUUUAGAGUGAUAUAGGUGAUUUUUGGAACUGUAAGGCGGUUUGGCCAGAAUGCCAAAAGUCGGGGUGGGACCCGGAGAAGUGUAAUAGAAUGAAAUUUGUGGGUGUAAAAUGUUAUAUAAAAGUAUAGAGGGGCUUUUUAGAGUGAUGUAGGUGAUUUUUGGGCAUUGUAAGGCAGUUUGGGCAGAAUGCCAAAAGCCCGUUGGGACCCGGAGAAGUGUAAAAAGGUUAAAACACGAUUUCUGACUCACUGAAUCAGCCGUGUGCAAGGCCGGGACAUAGGAAAUUUUCGAUUUUGAGAUUUACAGCUGGAUAUGACCGCACCCAUCACAUAAGUGUGUUCCUGUAGCCUUUUGCCCUAAUUCUCCCGUUAACCUAGUUUUAUUUACAAUUUAAAUAAUUUACAGUAACAUCAAAUAUCUCAAAAUUGAGGAGACGCAGAGCCGCAAAACUGUGGUCAUAUAUGUUUUUGGGCACUGGGAAUCCAAUGGAGGUGGUUUUGGAUCGAAAGGAUUACUGUAACAUAGCAAACUUACGCUUCGGCCGCACAAAAUCGGCCGUAAAAAAGUUGUUUCUAAAAACCCACAGCUGAAUUUUUGAUAUGUUAAUCAGCAUAAAAUUCUGCCCUAGAAACAUUCAAAAAAAGUCCAAAAAUCCGUGUUGCUAUUUUCGUGGUAUAGUGGAUUUUGACAAAAUCUACCAAUCCGACGUCACGGGUUCGAGUCCGGGUGGACGCAAAUCACUGAGAAUUGGUCGGGAAUGACUUUAAUGGAGGGAAUAUAGAAGGUUGAGUUUAUUUUGGGUGAUUUUGAUAAGAUUCUGACAGUUUUCAGACUUUUUUUGCGGAAAAAAGCCGAAAAUACAACUUUUUGACAAAUCUUAUUUUACACUGUUUUUUUGUGUUCAUGACACAAUAAAAACUUAUAUUUAAUAAUUUUAAGGGGUUCUUCGACAAUCCCACCCGUUAAAAAGUUUGUUUUAUGUUGUACUUGACAUCUGAUAAUCAGGAAGUGGAUGGAUCUUCCAGAUUGCACUUUAUUUUGCUCUGACUUGCAAAAUUGUCCGUAAAGGGUAUAACUAGCAUAAAAUCUCAAUUAUUUGGCGGGUAACCACUAGAAAUCUAGUUUGAAAAUGAAAUUUUCUCCGCGUUUCAUCAAUUGUUCUAUAGAAGCAAAUCACUUCGAUGAUGAACCGUUUGCUGAAAAAAUGUGAAGUAUGGUCACAAAACAGUGAAUUACGUUGUCACUAGCCAAAUUAUAGUUCCUACAGAUGCCUGUUAAUCUUGCAUGAGGCAAGAUUAACAGAUACCAAGUAUAAUGUCCAAAUACUCAGGAAAUGGUUUCCACUUGUUGGAGAACACUUAAAAACACUACAUAUAAGUUCUUAUUGUGUCAUGAACACAAAAAAACAGCGUAAAAUACGAUUUGUCAAAAAGUUGUAUUUUCGGCUUUUUUCCACCAAAAAAUCUGAAAACUGUCAGAAUCUUAUCAAAAUCACCCAAAAUAAACUCAACCUUCUAUAUUCCCUCCAUUAAAGUCAUUCCCGACCAAUUCUCAGUGAUUUGCGUCCACCCGGACUCGAACCCGUGACGUCGGAUUGGUAGAUUUUGUCAAAAUCCACUAUACCACGAAAAUAGCAACACGGAUUUUUGGACUUUUUUUGAAUGUUUCUAGGGCAGAAUUUUAUGCUGAUUAACGUAUCAAAAAUUCAGCUGUGGGUUUUUAGAAACAACUUUUUUACGGCCGAUUUUGUGCGGCCGAAGCGUAAGUUUGCUAUGUUACAGUAAUCAUUUCGAUCCAAAACCACCUCUAUUGGAUUCACAGUGCCCAAAAACAUAUAUGACCACAGUUUUGCGGCUCUGCGUCUCCUCAAUUUUGAGAUAUUUGAUGUUACUGUAAAUUAUUUAAAUUGUAAAUAAAACUAGGUUAACGGGAGAAUUAGGGCAAAAGGCUUCAGGAACACACUUAUGUGAUGGGUGCGGUCAUAUCCAGCUGUAAAUCUCAAAAUCGAAAAUUUCCUAUGUCCACGGCUAAUUCACCGAGUCAGAAAUCGUGUUUUAAUUUUUUGGGAUUUUUCAGGCUUUGAAUGGAGGGUAUACAGUUAUGGAGUGGUCUAGGUGAUUCUUGGGGUACUGUGAAACUGUCUGGGCAGAAUGCCAAAAGUCGUGGUGAGACCCGCCGAAUUUUGAAUUUCGGCGUUGGAGAGUAAAUUUCAAAGUGAAAAGGAUUAUAUCGUGGAAUUAGAAGGCAAAAUGGUUGAUUUGAAGGUUGUUUGGCAUCCAAAAAUAGCGUUGUGAGACAUGGUUUUAUCAGAUGUCUAGUAUAAUAUAAUAUAUAUAUAUAUUUUUUUUUUGAUUUUUGUAUAACGAUUGUCCCACAGAUUAGAUUAAUUGAUUUCAGGCCCAUUCGAACGCACUCAGCGCAAAAUUGGAGUCGAAAUCAUACGAACCGUACAAAAUUGCGCGCCAGGAAUUGGUCAAAGCCUUCCCCGGAGUCCUGGCCAUCCUCGGAGACGUGUGGUACUUCACAUCGCAUGGAGUCCAGCCCAGAACACCCAUUGGGAACCCAUCAACAAUUUGCGGGUUAGUCCUCGGAUUGUUGGGACCAAUGGCCAAGAGCCAGCCUCAAGUUUUGUUGCACUCGGCGGCAUUGGUGUGGCAAAGUCGAGGGAUCCCUGCGGCCUUGAAAAAGAACCAAGACCAACCAAACUUUGACUACACCAAUCAUCAGCGAAGCUUGUCCAAAUUGAUGUUGAAGGUGGGUUUGGGUUUGAGGAUAUUUGGGAGAUUUUGGCAGAUUUUUAUAUUGCACUAGGGACUUGAUGGGAAAUUUGAAAAAAGUUUGAGUUAGAUAAGAAAAAGUCGAAUUUUUGACUGAAACUGAGUGUGAUAAGAAAGAGGAGUUUCUUAUGGGCAGACUGAGAAUUAGUUUUACCGGGUUAUUACAUUGGCAAAUUGAGUCAACAUUCUUGACGAGGUCCUAAAACAUGAAUAAGUUAAAAAUGUGAAGUUUUUGAAGUGUAGAAUACGUCAUGGCCAGCGAAGUUCCUUUCAUAAGGCAUGAAUGUUCUGUUGAUGAAAUAACUAUUUCAAAAUUUACAUUGGGGACAAGUUAUACGAUGAAACAUGUAAAGAAAAUUUUGUGAAAUUUUCAUCGUAUAUAAUGUCACCAAUUAAAAUGUUGGGAGAAAAUCUGAAUUUUAGGACAAGCUAGGUCUAUAACAUGCAAAAUUUUGUUAGGCGACGUGUUAUACGAUGAAAUAUGCUUGAAAUUUUCUAUGAAUUUUUUUUUCGUAUAACUUGUCGCAGAAGGUUCAGAUUUAGAAAAUGUGAUUUUGACGGGGAACUAGGCCAUUUGAAGAUUAUUUUACGAUUUUUUGACCAGUAGAUUUGUUUUUUUCUACUAGUUUUUUAUUAAUUUUACAAUUUUAGGUCCUUUCCUUUGCCGAAAUGGUCAACUCCACCCUUGAUUUGCUCAAAGACUCGGCCGGAAGAACACCAUUGAAUCCACCAAACACAACGAACACAACAUCAUCCAAAAAUACGGAGAAAAUUGUCACAAUCAACCCGAACGAGGUCCCAUUACUCGAGCUAUUACAUUGCACAAUGAAUGUAAUUGCAACAUCGGAACUGAGGCAGACCUGGGCUGCAUUGAAUGUCCUCUUCAACGAGACCAACCCGGUUAACAUGAGCCCGCGCGGAGUGUUUCUGAUAUUUACGUAAGGAUUUUUGAAGUUUUUUGAGAAAUUUUUGCGAUUUUUGGGUAAAAAUUGGGGAUUUUUGGAAAUUUUUUGACGAUUUCUGGGGUCUAAAAUUAGAUAGGAGUUGAGAAAAUUUGGAAGCGCGUCUUACAAAGAGGGAAAUUUGAGAUUUUUUGCGAUUUUUCCCCUAAAAAAUCGACUUUUUUCAGGAUUUUGAGCGAUUUCGUAAAAAUUUGCGGAUCUCAGGUGGUAAUUGAAGACCGAUCGAUUAGUCGAGGAUGCCAAGACGCCUGUCAACGCAUCAUCGAAGCCCUGAACAUGAUUGUCGGAUGGCAAUUGGAGAGCACCACGUGGCUCAAACGGACCUUGGUGGUCAAACAGGACACUUCCAGUGAGUUUUUUGCAAGUUUACACUGUUUUAAAUUGAAUGAAAAGGUAGCUGGUGGAUAAAAGAGGUCUUGAAUGGGUUUUGAGGCUAAAAUUUGGUAUCGUGGAUGGCGUGGUUUAAUGGAAAAUUUGCAUUUUUUCAGACCAAAAGCUCUCGGAUGUCUCCCCAACUUUGGAAUACAAAAACACCGGCUCGGUGUCGGAAAACAACUCGAUCAAAGGAUCGACAAGCUCCCUGGCACCAAGAGCAACGAAUCAAACCUCGAUUGACUCGAAUUCACAACUAGCUGGAUCCGUAGCGCAACUUUCAACAAUGACCUUCGAGUCCAAGAAGUCCUCGAGUUCGUUGAUCCGCAGCUCGUUAAAGGACAACAACAAUAACAAGAAAGAUCCAACAAACAGCACUCAAGCAUUGUUCUUGCUGGCGGAGGUAAGGGUUUUUGAAUUGGAAUAGCUGGAGACAGGUUAUACGAUGGAAAAUAUAUGAAAGUGUUUUGGACAGGUUUGAUCGUAUAACCUGUCGCUGGAUAUAGACUUGAAAUUUGAUGGAUGCAAGAGCGUCUGAAAGCAAGUUUUGGUAGAUAUUUUUGACGUUAGACUUGUUGGAGACAGGUUAUACGAUAAAACAUGUCCAAUGCUUUUGGGGGGCACGUUUGAUCGUAUAAGAUGUCGAUGAUUAGUUUUUUUUGUGUUUAGCAGGCAUAGAGAGCUCUGAAGGUUGACUUUUUAUUGGAUUUUGAAUGGCGUCGUUUUAUACUAUGAAAAUUUACGAAAAAUUUAAAAGACAUGUUUCAUCGUAUAAUUUGGUCUUUUUUUGGAAUUUUGAAAAUUCGAUUUGAUUUGUAGGGGUUCAAGCCCUAAAUUGACUGGAAAUCAUCCGUAUUUUGCCCCAAAAAAGAUUCAAAAUUUUAUAUUUUUAUAUUAUCCAUGCUUCAGAACCUGGCCGAAUUAAUCGACUCGAUAUGCCGAAGCGAGGACAAGGACAAGCUCAUCCCCACAGUCCAAGCGGUCUGGAGCAACACCCUGCCCUACUUGAAGGCCAAAUCCGCGCGAAACGUGCGCUUUUUCCUGGCCAGUUCGAAGUUUUUGGCCAGCCUGUCCAGCUUCAAUUACAUGCGAUCGGUGUGGAAAAAAGCGGCCAUGGACUUGCUGCUGGACUCGAACUUUUUCAAAAUGGACAUCCAAGCCCUGAAGCAAUGGCUGAUCGUCAUUGACAACCUGAUGACCAAUGAUAAAACCUCGUUCAAAGAGCUGUUGGCACGAAUUCCGAGCGGCAACACCACUGCGAUCUCGAAUUUCAUGACCAACAAGGAUCAGGAGAAUGAAAUGAGAGCGCAAGCACUAAAGCGAUUGGCCUUUGUGGUCCUCUCGUCCCAGACUGAUCAAUACGGAACGAAUUUACCGGAGAUUCAAGGUACAAUUUGCAAAAUUGCCUAGUGUAAUAUAGAGGUAUUGAAAAUUUUGUGGAAAAGUAUGCGUUAGAAGUGACGGAUUUGGACGAAAGUUGGAAUAGAGAAAGAAUAGGGCAGCAGAAAAGAUUAUGAAUCAUUUUUGCAUCGCGUUAUGCAGAAAUUUUUGAGAUUUUUUGAAAUUUUGGCCAAAAAAAUUUUGCUAAUUUUUUUUGGAUAUGGAUUAAAAGUAUGAACUGAUAGUUUUAGGACUUGAAACACAGGCUAUGUAGAAUAACUGGUAAAAAUUUGACCAAAAUCUAAUCAUUUUUGAACAAGAUAUGACCAAUUUUAUCAUUGAUGUCCAUGGAUAACAUAAUUUUCAAAUUUUAAUCUAAUUUUUUGCUUCCAGAACGCCUUACCGACAACCUAAGACAAAGCAGCGUGCCAGUAGUCCAUUCGCAAGUUUUCAUCUGCUACCGAGUACUUUUACUCCGAGUGCGGCCCGGAAAUUUGCCCUCCAUCUGGCCCUCCAUGGUCACGGAGAUUGUUCAAGUCCUCAGCCAACUGGAAACUCAUCUUUUCCAAUCAACUUUGGACGAACUACGCUCACCGAAGGACGAGCAUCUCCUGCAGCUGUUCUUGUCGGCAUGUAAAUUCCUGGAAGCACUGUGCACGCUGCCCUCGGGCUAUAUCCCAUCUUUUCAAUUAUUUAACUGGGCGUUUGUCUCACCAAUCACACCAGACACUCAUCAUGAAGGCUUUGUUCCAUUUGCGACAAGAUUGGAUCAACUCAUGGAGAAAAAGGUGGGUCUAGAGCGAAAAGCGACAAGUUAUACGAUGAAAAAUGUCUGAUUGUACAUUUGGGCAGGUUUUAUCGUAUAAAAUGUCAUAUUGCUUGAAAUUGAAGAAAAUUUCUUAUUGAGCUCAGCUGAGUUGUAAAUACUCGAGUUUCGGCCGUUUAGUGACAAGUUAUACGUCAAAAUAUGCCCAAAAAAUAUUUUGGACAUAUUUCAUCGUAUAAAAUGGAUGUCAUAGUAACAGCUGGAAAAUAUGUUGUAAAAAGAAGAAAUAACCCUAUAUUUUCAGUUUGGCCCUCUCAGCGACCGUGACAAGGAAAUGCGAUCGGCCUCUUUGUGCUCAGUGAAAACCCUAACCGCCGUCCAGGAACUCCAACCAUUCUUCCACGCACUGGCAUUCCAACACAAAACUCGGGUCUCUCAUCUGGCUGGCGCAUUCCAGGUAAGGGCUUGGGAUUUUUUAGGGGUAUGGAGACACUUUAUACGACGAAAAAUGUUUUUUAAUUUUUUAUCAGAUUCCAGCGUAUAAAAUGUCGACAAUUUUCAUAGUUAUGUGUGAGAAUGACAAAGUAGGGCAUGUAGAACAAUUUAGAAAGCUGCUUUUUUGUUAUGGACAUUUUGUACGAUGAAAUAUGUGCAAGAUUAAUCUAGACAUAUUUGGUCGUAUAAAAUGUCACCUUAUGAAAAAUUCGUGUAGACAGUAGAAGCUUUAGCUCCCAGUUGGGAUUCUUUUAAUUAUUUUUGAAGUUUGCGUCCAUUUUAUACGAUAAAAGUUGUCUCAAAUUAGUUUUGGACCCAUUUGAGCGUAUAAUAUGCCGCUUUACUCAAGUUACCUACUGCUUUCAGGAAACGGAAAUGCGUGAUGCCCACUACUUGACCGGUAGCCUGACGUUCAACGCGGCCCUGCAACGCCUCGAAAACGCGCUCUACGUGGACUUUGCGGACCAUUGGCAGCUCUAA